UUGGCCGGAACUGCCAUCUUUCAGUAAUUUGCCAAAAUGACGAACACAAAGCGAAAGAGGAGAGGUACCCGAUACAUGUUCUCUAGGCCCUUCAGGAAACAUGGAGUUGUUCCUUUGGCCACAUACAUGAGAAUCUACAAGAAGGGUGAUAUUGUAGACAUCAAAGGAAUGGGUACUGUUCAAAAAGGAAUGCCCCACAAAUGUUACCAUGGCAAAACUGGAAGGGUCUACAAUGUUACCCAGCAUGCUGUUGGCAUUGUUGUGAACAAGCAAAUUAAGGGCAAGAUCCUUGCCAAGAGGAUUAAUGUGCGCAUUGAGCAUAUUAAACACUGUAAGAGCCGGGACAGCUUCCUGAAACGAGUGAAGGAAAAUGACCAGAAAAAGAAGGAAGCCAAAGAGAAAGGAACGUGGGUUCAACUGAAGCACUAG